GACGUUUGCUCUCUCGAAUACUGCGCUUCUUGUCGUCAUCCAUCGGUAUUCGAGUUGCUACCAUCCAACAAUCCUCGAAAUAUUGACAUAUAACGAUACUCGAUCACCUUUUUUACCUCACGCGCUCCGUCGACUGGUCUCAUCGCGAUAGUCGGCGUAUCCUCCUGACCUCUUUACUCGAUUAUUUCCACCUCCUUAUUCACACCUUCGCACAUACAUAAUGGAUCACUCGCGCGAUCCCUGUCCCUGGGUCGCUCUCAGUGACUUUGGCGGUGCUUUCUCUAUGGGUGCCAUCGGUGGUGCUGUCUGGCACGGUGUCAAAGGAUUCAGGAAUAGCCCCUACGGUGAGCGCCGGAUAGGUGCAAUCACAGCCAUCAAGGCACGCGCGCCCGUUCUCGGUGGUAACUUCGGCACUUGGGGUGGACUUUUUAGUAUUUAUGACUGCUCGAUCAAGGGAAUCCGAAAGAAGGAAGAUCCGUAUAAUGCGAUCAUGGCUGGUUUCCUCACUGGUGGUUCCUUAGCGAUCCGUGGUGGUUACAAGGCCGCCCGAAACUCUGCUAUUAUGUGUGCUGUCUUCCUUGCUGUCAUUGAGGGUGUUGGUAUUGGUUUCCAGCGUAUGAUGGCUGAUAAUACAAAACUCGAGCUUCCUCCUCCACCUCCAUCGGACCAAAAAGCUUUCGCAUGAUUAAUUUCCUCUAUAUAUUCACUAACGCGAUAUCGACUAUCUACCUUCGAUUGACCAUCAACACGUCCUCCUUUUCUAUACUACCAUUUUACAACGUGCCCGCAUAAAGUCUCUCUUCUUCGGUGUUCGGUUUGGGUCAUCACUUUUAAACGACAUAGCAUAGAGCUUGCUGUUUUUCUUUUGGUUCUCGGUUCUUUUUUAAACCGCCUUCUCACGACUCGUGUUGUUCGGAGCGUUGAAUUCUGUUUAAUGAGCGCUGGGUUAAUUCAUAUGGCUGGCUCCAAGACCAGCCUGUCUUUACUUUGGACGGUGGCUGACGGAUGAAUAUUCCCUGAACUCUAUACGGAGAAAAAAAAGGCGUCGAAGAACGGACCGUGUUAGAUACUUGUACAUUAACGCAUAACUUACUUUAUAAGCAUAAUAUGUAUUUCUUCUGCAUAU